CUUACCGUGGUUGUGGAUCUUAUCCGAUCGGUCAAUUUUACCAACCACUAAUCAUCGAUUAUGAAUAAUAUUUUUUUCCUACCGUCGUCGUCCGACUUUUUCGCGUUUGUAUUUAUUUUUAUUGGCAAUUUUUGCUAACUGAUAUAUUAUUAUAAUUCUAUUUUUCGUCAUCCGAUCAUUUCUAUCCGGUUUCUUGUCGACUAAUCUAAUUUAUACAUGUAUAUUACGUGCGUAUAUAUGUAUACGGUACGCGAGCGUUGUCGUUUGUUUACGCCAAGUUUUGACCGACACCGAGUGAAGUGCUGCCGCCGCUGUUGACCAGCGACGACAACGACGAUGCGUUAUAGAUGAAGCUCGUUACGCUCGCAGACCAUUGCCACCGAAAAAACCUUUUACUUUUUGACCCUUGCAAACGCGGUCAAACGACAGCAAAAUCAGAUCCAUCAAAAGUAUGCACUGCUGCUCCUGCUCCUGCUCCUGUUGCACAAUACCAUAAAACCAACCGACUGAUCAACCACAGUGAUGACUGAAUGGAAAUCCAGAUCGUUACCUAGCAAUUUCGAAAUACUUUCCCUGUCAAAUGUGCCAGUCGGUCCGUCGUGUUUACGUUCAAACUCUAAGAAAACAUACAUCAGUCGCAAUGUAUCUUUUCCGGACGACGAAAGUCAAAUUGUCACUGGCGUUCUCGAAACCAUGCAUCCUUGGGAAUCCAUGGAAAACGUAACUAUUGAGUUACUUACAGCCAAAUAUAAAGAAUCAUGUGAAAGACACAACACUAAUCCAUUAUACUCUGUCCUCAAUCAAAUAAAAUCUAUAAAUACAAAUUUGGAGAGAAACGAAUGUCUUGAUCUUAAAGGUGUUUUAUUAACCAAUGUCGACUGGGAGAGCCUUGAAGAAAUUUUUAAAAGAGUUCAGUUUAGAACUAUAAAUGUUGAAGCAACUGGAUUAAAUGAUGAUACAGCAAUUGCAUUAUUUGAUAUGUUAGACUUUUAUGAAUCUGCCAUUUGUUUAAACAUAUCUUCUAACAAUGAUAUUGGCACUAGAGGAUGGCAAGCAUGUGCUCGUACAUUAAAAAAGUCAAAAUGUUUAGAAGAAUUAGAAGCGAGGAAUACAAUACUUAAUGAGUCAAAUAUGACUUCUUUAGGUCGUUCGUUAAAAUUUGGUUCACAAUUAUGUGUCUUAAAACUUGAAAAUUGUAAUCUUGCAGACCGGCCAUUAACAUCAUUAGUUUCUCUAAUAAAAUUAAAUAACACAUUAAAAGAACUUUAUUUGGGUGAAAAUUAUUUAAAUGAAAACGAUGCUAAACAACUUUCAAUUUUACUAAAAUGUAAUACCACUUUGCAGUUGUUGGAUUUAAGCAAUAAUAAUAUUCAAAAUAAAGGUUUUAAAUUACUUUGUGAAAGCAUUGUGAAUCAAAAUUCUCCUUUGACAAUUUUAAUUGUCUGGAAUAAUAAUUUAAAUUCAGAGUGUUCAGAAUGUUUGUCAAACUUAUUGGGGGCUGAAACUAAAUUAGAAAUGCUCAAUGUUGGGUUUAACUGUUUACUUGAUACCACAGCUAGUGCUAUUGAAACACCAUUGAAAAACAACAAAAAUUUGGUACGCUUAGGAUUGCAAAGUACCCAAAUUACUUGUAAAGGAGCUAAAUAUUUAGCAGAAGCAUUGGAAGCCAAUACUUCUUUACAAAGAUUAGAUUUACGUGAUAAUAAUAUUGAAGUUGAAGGGCUGAGAAAUUUGAAAGAGUCCAUUUCAAAAAAUUUUAGAAUUACACGCCUAGAUUUAGAUCCUCUGCCACGUAACAAAUAUGCAGCUGACACAACUAAAGAGUAUACAAAUUUAACAGAGCAGAUCAAACAAAUGUGUGAAGAAAAUGAAAAAAAACAUUGUAGUAAUCAAAUUGACGACAAUCUACUUGACCAGAUAACAGAUGAAUCUAACAUCACCAAAGCUAUCAAAAUACCAAAUGUAGAUUCUAGAAAAAUAUCUCUCACGUGCGAAUCACUAAUGAUGCAGUAUACUUCACUUAAAAAUCCCAAUUAUCUUGGUUCUGAUGAUUACUCCCCUAUGUUGCGAGGAAGUAGUGGUAGAUUAAGGAGUCCUGCUCCCAGUCCUAUACACAGCCCAAUUGCUAGUAGUCCAAUGUGUAGUCCUUCAUUAACGUCUACACGAAAUCGUUUUCACGUGUCUAAAGUUUCUGAACAAAAACAAAAAGAAUGUCGAUUUAAGGUCACCAAAUUAAAUAAUUUAAAUGAUAAAGCACCGACAGCUAGUAACGAAUCAUUAUCUGAUGACUCUUUUGGUCCUACUAAUUUAGAACUCACAGUUGAUAGUUUGGAUUUGUGCAAACAUAAAAAUGACACCAAAAAAGAAGAUCAAAGAACUAGGAAAGUAUCUUGGGUUAUGGGUUCUCGACCUUUGUUAACUUCAUUGCAAAACAUUACCUCAAGUUUGGAUCAUGCCACCUCAUCUGGAGUUGACAAGCUUCUCAGUUUAUUCAGUCCUUUUUCUAGUGCAGAUAAAUCCUCGGCAUCUAUCGACACAGUUGAAUCUAAUGAUUCUGUUUUUGAAUCAGAUCAUGAAUCAAAAAAACCAGUCACACUGGAUCAAGCAACUUGGCCACCAGUAUUUGGAAGCUUGAAAAAAACCACUUCUAUCUGCAGGCCAUUGUCAGACAAAGGUAGACGUAGUCUAAGCGAUUUACGUACUUUUUAAAUUUGAAGUUAGAGAGGUAGUGAUGAUACAAGUAGAUCAAAUGCAUUUAGGUUGUUUAUUUAUAUUGUAAGGUCUCCCCUCAGAGCAAAUCUCGUUUACAGUAGUAUCUUUUACAAACUACAUUGUGAUUCACAAGCACAUGAGUACAAAUUUUGUUUUUAUCAUUGUUGAACAAUUUAUAAAUAUUUAUGGGAUCGUUUUUAGUUGUUAGUGCUAUAUGUAUAAUUUAAAAACACCCUUUAAACAAACAUAAAACUACUGUAACGAGAAUUCACAUAAAAAUUGAUUUACAUUAUCUGUUGUACAAACAACUGUGGACUUGAAAUCAUUUAUAAUAUAUUUGAAGAAAAAAAUAAUUACUAAAGAUUAUAUCAGAAGAAUUUGUACAUUUUAAUAUUAAAUCAAAUUUGAAUGUUUUCACAUUCAAAAUAAUAUAUUUAACUCAAAUAUUAGUUUACUGAUUAAUACAAUUUCUCUGUGACUAAUAUAUUAUUACUGUGCUUACGUUUUAUUAAUUGGUUUCUUGUCCAGUGGUGUUUUAAAUUAAUGAACUGGUCUCAGUGUGAUUACAAUUUAAUUUUAGGUACUUAUAAUGCAUAUAAUAACAUUAAUAUAAUAUUAAAAGUUACCAACCAGUGUUUUAAACAAAUGGAACAAAAAGAUAAUCAUAUUAUUGUUAUAUUAUAUACAUGGCUAGUUGGUAUCUCUUCUGUACUAUUUAAGCACAAAUUUUUUGAAUAUUAUAGUUUCUUGAGUUCACUUGUCAAUUCUUUACGUUUCAAAUUAAAUCAAAGUAUUUUGUUUUUUUUUUCUCAACUUGUGUUGUUUUAAUCAUCUAAUCGUUAAAAGUGCAAUAAUCUAUGUCUGGAUUCAACAUAUAAAGCACAAAAUGUUUUUAGGCGUUUGGGAGUUAAUAAUUACCAUGAUUUUGUUUACAGCAUACUAUUAUGAAUACUUAUUUUUUCUGAAUUUGUUUAUUUACAGAAAAACAUUGUUACAGUUACAUAUAUUAUUUUCUAUUUUUCUUCUUUUUCCGAAUUCUUGGAUAUUUUUAUUGACUGUGAUUUUUAU